UUAAAAGACUUUAUAUUUACAAUUUUAUUAUUCAAAGUUUGUGUUAUAGCGAUAUAAUUCCAAAUUUCUACUGCAAGAUUAUUAAUAUGUCUUCUUCAAUGGAGUUGAGUAAUACAAAAAUUUUAGCUAUUGGAUUAAGUUGUCUUGAUGUUGUACAAACAUGUACAUAUUAUCCUCUUGAAGAUAGUGAACAAAAGUCUAUUGAAUAUAAAUGGCAAAGAGGUGGAAAUAGUUCAAAUACAUGCACUGUCCUUUCUUUAUUAGGAAAUUUGUGUGAAUUUUUAGGAGUAUUUAGUACAGAAGAACAUUUUAAUUACUUACAAAAUGAUAUGAAAAAAUAUAAUAUUGAUUUUUCACAUUGUCCCAAGAUCAAAAAUAUUGGAUGUCCUAUAUCAACAGUUAUACUGAGCUUAAGUACUGGAUCUCGUACGAUUUUACACCAUAAUCCAGGUUUACCAGAAUUGACAUUAAAAGAUUUUAUACAACUGAAAUUGCAAAAUUAUAGCUGGAUCCAUUUUGAAGGCAGGAAUAUAACAGAAGUAUUAUCUAUGAUGCAAUAUAUAGAAAGCUACAACAAGUCUAUAAGAUUAUUAAAUAAGCAAAAUAUAGAAAAAAGUGAUACAUGGAAUAUGACUAUUACUAUUAGUUUGGAGCUAGAGAAAUUUAUACCUGAAUUAUUAGAUUUAUUACCUUAUGUUGAUAUAGUGUUUAUAUCAAAAGACUUCGCACAAAGCAGAGGAUAUAAAAAUAUGAGUGAAACAUUAAGAAAUAUUAGUGCAGAAGCUAAACCAGGGACAAUUAUUAUUUGUGCUUGGAGUGAUAGAGGUGCAAUGGCACGUACUUCAGACGGAGUUACAGUACAAUCACCAGCUUUCCCACCACAAAAAAUAAUAGACACUCUUGGUGCUGGGGAUACAUUUAAUGCAGGGGUUAUACAUUAUUUGAAUAAAGUAAAAAUUUCUGCUGAAAAUAAAAACAUGGGUUCUUCAAACAGUCCUGUUGAAAGAAGUCAGUUAAAAGAGCAUGAUAUCAAAAAUUCAAAAUUUAGUCAAACAGAAUUUAUUAAUCAAGAUAUACUACAAGCAGCUAUAACUUUUGCUUGUCAUGUAGCUGGUACCAAAAUAGGGAUAAAAGGUUACGAUGGUCUUGAAAAGAUAUUUACAAAAUUCGAGUAAAUUUAUAAAAAAAAAUGCUAAUUUCAUAUUAAAUAUAAUACUAUUUUUAAUGCAAUAUGUUAAUCAUACAGAUUUGUUUUAAUAAUUAAACGAAUUGAAUAUUUUUACAUGUAAUAUUUGAUAUUUGACAUAUAAUGAAGGGUUCUGUAAUAUCAGAUCUGGGAGUAAAGGUCAGCACUAAGGGAUAUUGUGUCUGUUUUUUAGAUGCCAUCAUGUUGACUUUAUAAAAUAUUUUAUCAUAAAUGUCAUAAUAAUAAUUGAUAUUUAGAAAUAAUGUGAUGAGAUAUGAGAGCAUUAUUUGUAAAUAAUUUUAUAAUAAUAUGUAAAAAUUGAUAAAUUAUUAUAAAUUUGUACAUUAUCAUAUAAUGACAUAAAUAUAUAAUUAUACAGAGUAUAUAAAAAUGGUUGUUGCAUUAUAUGAUGAUUCUUUAAAUGGAUAAGAUCACUUGUACAUAGUUAUUCAGUGGGAUCUUCGCCAAUUAUGAACAGCAGUACAAUUUGAUACAAUACAAUACUAACAUAUAAUCUUUAUAUACAUUGUAUAUAAAAUGUGUUAAUUAGAAUCCUGAAAAUAAUAAACAAUGGUAAAUAUACCUGAUUGCUUAUAAUGAACUAUAUAUUUAUUAAUUUGAAUGGUUAAAAACAAAUGUAUAUAUGAAUCAUGUAAAUACUAAUUCAAUGCUUACAUUUAUCAGCAAUCAUUUGUCAUAUCUUGACACGUUCUUGCUUCACUGUGUUUAUCUGCCAAUGCUUCUAAUAUAUCCAGCAAUAGUUCUCUGCUCAAUUGCUUCAAUCUUGGUAGUCUUGCGACCUUAUAAAUAUAAAUAAUAUAUAUCGUAUAAUAAAAUUUAUGUAUGUAAUAAUAGCAUUCAUUAUUUAAAUGUAGAUUAUAAAUUACCUUACUGAAAUGAUGUACUAUAAGAUUUAAUGCAUAUUUUUUUAUGUCACUAGCCUGCAUUCUAUCUGCAGCUUCUAAAAUUUGUAUAACAUUUUCAAAAGUAACAUUCAUUUCAAGAUUUUGUUUGCAAAAUGCUUGCAACCGAUUAUUUGUAAAACCGUAAAAAACUGGAGCUGUAAAUAAAUACAAAGAAUCUUCAGGGGGCAUUGAAACAUCUGCAUAAUAUAUAUAUCUCAUUAAAGAAGCAAAUGAUUCUGCUGAUGGAAUCAUCUCGCCAAUUUGUAUCUGCAACAAAUUAUUAAUAUUAUAAAUAAACUAUGUUAUUUGGA